AUGAUUCAGCACAUCAAUAUCCAGAUUAGCGACAAGGAACGCACCCGUGAUUGGUACGAAAAGGUAUUGGGCGCAGAGUUCCUGGACCGUGGGCCGGAACUCAACCAGAGGCAGCUACAAUUGCGGAUUGGCAGCGGCGAAAUCCAUAGCACUCAUACCGCGAACCCAAGCCCGUCUGGGCACUUCGCUCUGGAGAUUGACGACUGGGAAGAGAUGAUCGCCAACCUGGACGCGUUAGAGGUUCCGUACUCCCCGCCGACCGUUCGCGCCUACAGUAGCGGACAUUCGACCUACAUUAACGAUCCGGACGGGAACAUGAUCGAAUUGGUCCAACACCCUCUGGGAUUGAAAGACUCCAAAGGCAAGGCGGUGGAGUUGGCUCAUGACCCCAAUGGCCUGACCUGGGCCAGGCUCCCCGGCUACGGUCCGUCCACGUAG